GGGAAGUUUAUUUUUUUCGUCGGAUUUAUUAUAGUCCGCAAAAUGAGUAUUUUUCGGAAGUUGUUUUUCGAUUUGUUUCUGUCAUGUCUCAAGCUGUUCGUUAUAUGAAAUGAACAAGAUUGAGAUUAAUAUAGACUGAGAUAGUUCAUUUGGAUACUGCUGUUUGAUAGAUAGAAACAGCUUGCUACGCCACUGCAAACAAUUAUGCAAAGAAAAGAGACGAUGUUUCAACUAUUGGCCCUGGUUUUUCGGUUCAAAGAAAACCAUUUCCGGUACUUUAAUUUUCCCUAGCAUUAAUGGCAUCAGGGCAAUUUGUACUACCAUCCAUUCAUAUAAAAAUGACAGCUUCCAUGAUUUUCAAUUUCUUCAUCAAAACAAUCAAAUCAUAUUUUUAAUUUCCAAUGUCUGCUCAAGAUUUCCCUGUUCACAAUUUCAUUCUCCCUAACACUGAUGAAUUCGUUCAAGACUGGCAUGUCCGUGUUACCUAUGUUGCCCUUCUGACACUUUGGGUCUUUUGGGGUCUCGUCUGGGUCGCUCGUAACUUUUUAGUGGGUGACUUGUCUUCUACAACACCUGAAGCAGCCACUACUGAUGCUGAGGCUUCUCACAAGAAAUUCAAUAUGGCUAACGGUAGUUUCGCUGUCCGUGUCGACAGAGCCCAUCAACUUGUCAAGGAUGCUUUGUUCUCACUGCUUUGUUUACUUGUGAUCAACAGCUUUGCCCGUGCUUCUACUCGUGCUGUCAUGAUCCUUGCUUGGUUCUUUGUUGCCUUUGCUGUCUUUUGGUUUGUAGUUGAACUUGUGGUUGAUAAUCGUUAUGUUCGUUUAUUGUACUCCAUUGUUUUCUAUGGUCUCGGUUUGGCCAUUGGCGGUCUUGCUUACAAACAAGGCUUUUAUUAGACUUACUC